AUGACUGCAUCUGGGUUGAGUCCACUUGAGCGGACCAGUUUGAACACGGUCGAUCCGAAUCUUAUAUCAGCAUUUGUUGAGAGAUGGCACCCAGAGACAUCGUCAUUUCACAUGUCAUUCGGUGAAAUGACAAUUACACUGGAUGAUGUUGCCUGUUUGUUGCAUAUUCCGAUUAGGGGUGACUUUUACACACCGUCAUCGUUCACGGAGGAAGAAGCUGCGGCACUUGCAGCUGAUUUGUUGGGUGUCAAUCUUCAGUAUGCGACCAGAGAGACAAGAAAGCAGCGAGGUGGAUAUUUUUCUCAACAAUGGCUAUUUGAUAACUACAUAAGGCAGUGUGAAGUUAAGAAUUAUGAUUGUGCUGCUAGGUCGUAUUUGUUGUUGUUGGUCGGCUGUACCAUUUGCACUGACAAGAGUUUUACACGCGUAGAUGAAAAAUAUCUACCGAUGUUUAGGGUUUUGUCUACAUGUGGUAGAUUUGCUUGGGGUGCUAUUGCGUUGGUUGAAUUAUAUGACACUUUGAAUGAUGCUUCUGUCUUUACCACAAAGGGGCUCGCUGGAUAUGCGUCACUUUUACAGGUAUUUAAUAUCCUUUAA